AGCACGUCAUACAAUGACCCACCAAACGUUUUGGUAGCCAAUUCGAUACGACAAGGGAUGAUGUUACGUUGAAGCACUCACCAUCUAGAAUGUUUCCCAGCCUUGCUGGGUUUCAUCCGGACCACACCUACAGUGAAGUGGCUGGAGGCCGUCAAUGCUGAAUGCUAAAGAUGCUGAACAACGAUGUCGCUUUGAGCUGCGUCACGCAACGGAUCAAAUCAUUGGAUCACCGAGAGCCACGUGCGAUCGCAGCAGUCUUGCAUUUGUAAACAUUGCAGCUCGCUCGCGAUCAUGCGCAGUGCGCCACCAGAUCAGGAACACGAACAUCAAUCCUGCUGACCAGCAAGCCGCGUGCGCUACUCAUCACGCGGACGACUUCGAGGCCUGAAUGGUUCUCAUUAUUUUCCCAAUUCACGUGUGUUUCACCCUCGUGGAGACUACCCUCGGGCAGAUAACUACAGUUUCGACAAGAUUGAGAGUCUCGGUGUGGUUGUCAUGUUUUCUUUUCCUGUCGUGAAGUGGAUUGGUUUUCGACUUUAACGCGUCUCAAACUCUGCACGUUGAGGCAACUCCAUAAAGACUCGGCUUACGUGAAUACGUGCCAUACCACUCGUGCUGUAGGCAAGCAAGUCUACUGCGCACAGGUGAAUAUCACCAUGGCCUGACGAAACAACUCAUGACCAGGUAAUUGCCAUUUCGAUUCACUCCAUGUCUUGCUCGUUUGAUUUUCUGGAAAAUGAACAGUCAGUAAUGGUCUAUUACUUAAAUCUGCGACGGAUGGGCCUAGAGGAUUGAAUAUCUUAAUGAGUCAGUCUUCUGUGAUCGACCCGGAGGUCAAUGCUUGCAUAGGGCUGGGGACGUAAUACGUGCAUAACGGGGAUGUGGACACCAUCACCUGUGACUUCUACAAAUCAGAAUGAUCCGGAAUCGCAACCAUCAACAUCUCAGGAACCAGUGGCCACAGCCCAUACAAUGUUAUCAUCUACCGAGGGUAUCGACACCCUCCAGCCGACCCCAACAACUCCUAGUGUCGACCCCGAGUCCCAGUUCGACGAACACUGGACCGGCACGACGACUCCUUACAUGGCGACCGACGCUGUUGAAGACACGUCCAACUUUCCAGCCUCGACGACGUUGUACAGAUCGCGAGCAGACGACAUAUUUACCAGCCAGCAGGAAUUUGGACGGAGCUCCGUCAUCGCAUCGUCCGUCGUCACGGCAACUGUUUCUGAGAUCAUAACCGAAAAGGAAGCUUCCACCACAACAGCAGGAUAUUUUACACCUUACGAACAAUUUAAAUUAGGCCUCAUUGUGACGCUGUCGAUUGUCAUCGGUUGUUUUGCCAUCACAGCGAUUUCACUCCGCAUCAGGAGCAGAAUAAAGAAGAGGCGACAGGAACUCGAGUUAACGAGAAAAAGAAGGAAGAAUGUGGCUGGCAACACCAACACCAAGCCAGCGGUGAAGAGAGUCACCAUCCAGAUGGGCAGGGACUCCAGCUCCAGCACCAAGAGGAGCAACAAGCGACCCCGGAGAGGUCACAGUCCCUCCUUGCAAUCCAGGGCCAAGAUACCGGAGGUUCACAGUGGGGGUGGUAUGGACCGCAGUCGAACUUUGGACGCCCUUCUGGAUGCAGGGACCUACGCCCCUAGUACCCCACUCCCUCUACAGCUGACACGAAAUCGCACCAGGAGCGACGUCUCGUCCAGGACCGGUCUUGUCAUGGGAAGCAAGUCUUAUGACGUAAGUGAGCAUGCCUACGAUAACCCUGCAAUCUCUUCGGCCGAGGAGAUGACAACUGAGGUGUCUGUGCUCAGCGAAGACACCUGUCCGCCCUUGCAGAUGAAAAUUGAUGCGGAUGUUCAUUGCAGUCACACUGAUGCCUUGACGCAGAAUGCGUCCGAUUCAGAAGAUGGUUCUGUGGAGAAGGGCAACUUCAUCGAGGGCUCUGAGACGGAAAGCCUCGGUGACGCCAGAAAACGAUUCAAAUUCAAUCACUACUUCGGGAUGCGGUCCAACCAGCGGAAUGAUUCCAAGGAUUCUGGGUACGUUGAGAGCUUCAUCUCUCAGGACAGCUUGCGUCUCAGGGCCAUGGCGUCCCUAGAAGAAGGAAGGGCCUUAUCAGAGGGGUUGAGCUUCGCUGCUGGGCAAGAGAGAAUAUUACCCAGGCUUGCUAACAUUGAACCGUCCUUCUUCAUGGCAAGUGUUGACGAGACAUCGAACCUCAACUUGAACAGAUCUAGCUCCAUAAAGUCUGAGAACGAUGGAAGAGCUCACCCCAAAGCCUACCAAGGCGGCAAUGUUAUGACAAUGAGACAGUCCCGAUACAGUGUUCCAUCAUUUCCAACCCAGUACCCACAAUGCUAUCCACGGAGCAAGCAGGUGAACCCAAGUCUGUACCAUGAGCUCUACGGUGCCCCGUAUCUACCUUUCAAAGCCACCAUGCAGAGAUACCCAAGCAGUGAAAGCAGUGCAUACGAUUACCCUUCUAACCAAAGCGACUAUGGCCUGACGUCGCUAAGGAGCAGCACCGCCAACCGCGUCCUGCCGAAGAGCCUGAGCUACGAAACCACGGUGUUCAGAAGCCGGGACUUCGUCUCGCCCCAGCACAAACCCAGGACUCAAGACUACGCUCACCAGAAACGUAUCAAACGCUUCGUGAAGCGCCGGAGCUUGGGCACACAAACCGGCGACAGCGAUGACUUGAAGACAAAUGUGCAGCCAAUAGUGCAGUGGGAUUUUGACGGCACGGGGAACCUUGUUGCCAAGCCUCGAGAAAACAUAGGGGUCGACUUCAUUGGGCCAAUAUACAUGGCCGAGGAACUUGAAGAAAUGGGUGUACCCAAGGCACAGUUAUAAGUAUGAAGAUUUGGUCGAGUCCAACCAAACCUACACUGCUUCUAAAAUGCCUGUAUAAUCCGAGGUAUGUAUAUUGCCUGGUUUUGAUUUUCCUUUCGAGUUUGGUUUCAUUUUGGAUUAAACCGAGUUCCCACGAGACCCAAGGAAGACAUUUCACCCAGAAAGCAGGGAUAUGAAUCUAAAAUCCUGCUUGGCAAUUCUACGCCAGUGUUCUUCGUUCGUUUUGGAGAUGUACGCAAGUCGGAGUGUUUAUGACUCCAUCGCUUUACCACAAAACCAAUCUCAGACCAAUUUUAUGUCAACACUUCCAUUCCGGCCCAAAUCAGUUGCUGUGAAAUGGUCUUUCCACAUAAAAGGGACAGGAAAUAAGUGAGAGUCAGAAAUCUUACAUGGCGAGUUUUCUUCAAGAGCAAAAGAAAGCAGGUGUGAAAUUACCAUCUUUAGAUAUCUGCAACUUUGCACAAGAAUUACAAAAACAGGCAGUUGACGGGAAGCUUAAAUGUUCUUCAAGUCGCCUUUAUAAAAUUGGUCUUCGAUUUACAGUAAUCCAGAAUUCGUCUAACCAAAUCAACAUUUUGUUAACGAUGUUGAUGUGUAUUUCCCAUAUUAAUGUUGUCAUAUUUAGAAAGUUGUCUUUCUUUUUUCAAAUUUUCAGAUUAAUUUUCUUUUCAUGGGGAAGUUUCCCCAAAUAACCCAUUUUUAGUUUGACUAAUAAGUACUAAGCAUAUGUGUUACUAAUUCUGUCCACAAUGCGCCAACAUUCUGUUUAAACAAGUCUGUCUAAAGAUUUCGGUAAAAAGAUGUCACAGCUCUGUCGCUUUCAAAAAAACAUUGAUUUUCAGGAGUCAUUUUCAAAGUAGGGAACUAACAUUUUAAUCACAGUCAUAGAAAUAUGACAAUACGCUUUAAACUCGGUUGCCUGUUAAUGAAAAGUGAAAGUGCCUCGUGUUAAUUUUACUCAUAAUGUUCACUGUGCAAUGAAAAAUGUAACACCGUGUGUACUGCUUAUCACAUU